AUGGACAUCUCGAAGAUGGAACGUUACUACGGACCCGUUUCGCACGCCAACUUGGGCCCGUUGACCGUCAGCCUUUGCGGAAUGGGACUCUUCUUCAUGGCCCUAUUCUUCGUCCACGAAGUCACAUCCACGAAAUACACACGCAAGAUCACCAGUGAGCUCUUCUUUGCGACGAUGGCCUCGAUCUUCCUCGGUUUUGGAACACUCUUCCUCCUCCUCUGGGUUGGCAUCUACGUA